GUAGACUGUGUAUCGCGCAGUCAUCGUUCAUAAAAAAUUAGAACGAAGCUGUCAUAAGAAAUGUAGAAUUUACAAAAUAUGUCUUGACCUCUCUGCUAAUUAGUUAAUAAAGAUUACAAAUUUCAAUAAAGUAAUUCAAAUAAAUUACGUACACUUAAUAACGUCUUUAAAUUUACGAGUGAAUCAUCUUGAUUUUAAUGACAAAUUGUUUGACGUUUAUUCUCCGCCAUCAUUAAUACAGACAGUGAACUGCCAUAUUGCUCGUGUUAAAAAGGAUUCUUAACUAUUUACUUCAACGCGGACAAUAUAUCUGAAUUUAGUGGUAUAGAGAGUCGCUUAUUCAGUAAAACUAACGUUAAGAAUAAUUUCAAGCAUUGUUAAGCAGUAUAAAGUUUUAGCGUAAACGUGUUACAAGAGGUACAAAAUGUCGACUGGACCAUACAAUUAUUCAUAUAUUUUUAAGUACAUUAUCAUAGGUGAUAUGGGAGUAGGGAAAUCGUGCUUACUUCAUCAGUUUACAGAAAAGAAAUUUAUGGCAGAUUGUCCACAUACUAUUGGUGUAGAAUUUGGUACUAGAAUUAUUGAAGUAGCAGGUCAAAAAAUAAAAUUACAAAUAUGGGAUACUGCAGGACAGGAACGAUUUAGGGCUGUUACUAGAUCAUAUUAUCGUGGUGCUGCAGGCGCAUUAAUGGUUUAUGACAUUACACGUCGUUCUACAUAUAAUCAUCUGAGCAGCUGGCUUACAGACACGAGGAAUUUGACCAAUCCAAGCACUGUCAUAUUUCUGAUUGGAAACAAGAGUGAUCUAGAAGAUCAACGUGAUGUAACUUAUGAAGAAGCCAAACAAUUUGCUGAUGAGAAUGGUCUUAUGUUUGUUGAAGCUAGUGCAAAAACUGGACAUAAUGUUGAAGAAGCUUUCUUGGAGACAGCAAAGAAAAUAUUUCAGAGUAUACAAGAUGGACGAUUGGAUCUUAAUGCUGCUGAAUCGGGUGUCCAACACAAUCCUAGUCAACCUGGUCGCACUAGUCUUCAAGGAGUGUCAAAUGAACAACAAGGAGGAAAAGAUUCCUGCUCUUGUUAGGUUAUUAUUUGUUUGUAUAUAUAAGUGGAUUAAUUCAUCAAUAUUAUUAAUGCAUAUAUGAUUUAUACUAAGUGUAGCAAGCA